CCUAUAUAUAGAGAGAGACCUAAAUGUCCAGUCUCAUUAUUUACAAAUCCUUCAUUAUCAUUUUUGUACCUGUAAACUAAACUCCAUUUAAUCAUAGGAACAUGAAGGAAAAGAUUGUGAUCGAUAUCAGUACUCUCAGCAAUGAUAACUGUAUAUCAAAGGCAAUGGAGAUUGCUGUAAAAUGUGCAGGAGUACUCUCAGUGAAUUCAGAUAAGGAAAAAGGACAUUUAGUGGUAAUUGGAAUUGGUGUAGAUUUUUUCAAGUUGAUGAAAUGCAUAAAGAAGAAAUUUAGGUGUGCUCAUAUUGUGAGUGUGGAAGAAGUAAAACCCGAAAAGAAACCCGACCCGAAACCAAUUUGCUAUCCAAACCCAUGUGUGCAGUAUUAUCCAGUAUGCCAACCCGUUUAUGAGUCUCAUGGUCCAAAUUGCACCACUAUGUAAAAGACACCCUAUAAUUUUAAUUUAUUGUAUUGUAUUAUUAAAUCUGUCAUUAUAUAUGUAACAAUUAAUUUGGUGUGGUGGAACAUAUGUUAUUUCUCUUUUUUUAUUUUUUUUUCCUAUUAUACUUUGUUGGUGGUGAUUGGUAAUUGUGAUGGAUGAUGGCAGUAGCUAAUGAUAGACUAAUAAAGGCAGUUUUAGUAAUAAAUUAUAGUUGUAGUGGUAAUUAGGGUUGAUAGGGUUGAUUAAUUAUGGUGAUUGUCGAUUAUAAUGAUCGUGGCUCACCGCACUAGUGUGUGUAUGUGUGUGUAUAUAUAUAUCAAAGAAAAAUUGUUGAAGCAAUUGCAUGUAGCAGUACUACGAAAAUUAAAUUAGUGUAUAGAAAAUACAGAAGGAGAUGAAGAUGGAGAUCUGUAGCAAAAGGAGAUUGAAAUA